CAACAAAGAGAAGAGAAUUUACAUUAGCAAACACCUUGUCACCAUUUACAAUUGGAUUAACAUAAAUGUUGCAUUUUGUAAACAAGGAAAAUAAGGCAAAAAAAGGAGUGUCAAAAGGCGGAAAAAAAUUAGUGUGAAACUUGAUGAGUAAGGGGGUGGGGUGAGUAAGACCGAAAAUGAGUGUGUGAGAGAGCGGGAAGAGGGAGUGGUGAGGAAGAGAGGGUGGAGUGACUGUGUGUGUGUGUGUUGGGGGAGGAGUGGUAAACAUCGCCUCGUGUUUGUGUCAGUGUUAUCUGUCUGCAAUCUUUGUAACCUGAACAAACAAACCGUAAUCACUGCUCAUCGGAGAACACGACAUAGACGAAGGAAUCAGGCAUACUGGUGUGCAACCAUCCGCACUGCCAGGGACUCACUAGUAAGACCCCACUACUGCUCUCUCCCUCAUGUGAUGUCCAUUGCCAUCCCAGCCCAGUAGACAGCAUGACCUUUGACAGGCACCCACGUUUUGACCUGCAGACACAAGGGUCUAUUCUGUCUCGAAACGUGUCCACCCGCUCCUGUCCCCCGCCCACCAGCCAUGACCUGGAAGAAGAAGAAGAGGCAAGCAGUGAACGAGGGGAGCAUAAAAUAGGAGAAGCCAAAGUGGUGAAGAAGAGAACAAGGCGACGACACACAGAUGACCCUAGCAAAGAAUGCUUCAGCCUGAAGUUUGACCUCAGUGUGGACAUUGACACUGAAAUUGUGCCAGCUGUGAAGAAGAAGACCUUGAGAGAGGUUCUCGGGCCUGUGUUUGAGAGGAAGGGCAUUGAACUGUCUUGUGUAAACCUAUUCCUGGAUCAGUCGAACACACCACUCUCCUUACAUUUCGAGGCCUACCGCUUUGGGGGUCACUAUCUCAAGGUUAAAGCACAUCCUGGAGACGAACUAAAGGUGGAGCAGUGCCUUAAGGACCUCCGCUCACUAAGCCUUCCCAACAUGAAGCCAUGUGGGGCCCAGAGUGCCUACAUCCUCACUCCCACCACUGAUCGCCCAGAGCACGGCUCUUUGGGCUCUCUGGGACGCAGAGAGAGCAGCGGGGACCUGCUGGGUCAGGCUCGCCGCAGGAAAAACAUGACAGAGUUUCUUGGUGACGCAACCAUCCCACCCCCAGACACAUUGGCCCAGCUGGGUGGCUCUCUGCCUUCUGCAAUCAUUCCGGGGCCUGAGAGCUGGAAGAACCGUGCUGCCAGCCGGUUCAGUGGCUUCUUUGGUGCCAGCAAUACUGCCUUUGGCAAGGAGGUGGACCGUGUGGAGCAGCUCCAGAAUAAGCUCUACUCGUACUCACACUAUGGGCUCCCAAAGGUACCCCCUCAGCUUGCCUUCCACCAAGACUCCUGGGAGGGGGAGGAGGACAGCAACCUUAACAUGGAGGAAAGCUGGAAAGAGUUGCUAGACCAACCAGAGGCGCUGAGCAGACGGCAGGUCCACCAGCAAGAGGCCAUCUGGGAGCUGCUGCAUACAGAGGUCACCUAUAUUAAGAAGCUCAGAGUCAUCACAGAUCUGUUUAUGUGCGGGAUUCUGAACCUGCAGGACAGCGGGCUACUGAGUGAUGUAGAGCCAGCAUGUCUCUUUAGUAAUGUGCAGGACCUAGUACGGCUGCACACAGCGCUCUGGGCUCAGGUCAUGCAGCCUGCACUGGAGAAAGCCAGACGUCUCCGAACACUGCUCAACCCCAUAGACCUGCAUCCAGGCUUCAAAACAUUUGCUUCUAGGUUCCAGCCUUAUAUCCGCUACUGUAUGGAGGAGGAAGCCUGCAUGGAGCACAUACGCACCCUGCUCAGAGACAAUGAGCAAUUUAGGAUUUUUGUUACUUGGGCUGAGACAGACAAGCAGUGCAACCGUUUAAAACUUGUCGACAUGCUGGCGAAGCCCCAUCAGAGACUCACCAAAUACCCCCUCCUGCUCAAGAGUGUUCUGAAGAGGACAGACGACCCGGCUGCACGGGACACACUCAACAGCAUGGUGGUGUGUGUGGAGGGCUUCAUUAACAGUGUGGAUGCUCAGAUGCAUCAGCGUCAGGAGCAGCAGAAGUUGGCAGCAAUUUCUGCCCGGUUGGAGGCCUGUGAAACCACAGAGGGCGGCAGUGAAGAGGUGGAACGGAUACUGCGGGAGUACAGUCGGUUUGACCUGAUGGCCCCAAUGAUUGACACCUCCCCAGAGGACACACGGCAGCUGCACGUGGAGGGGGCUCUGCGCAUGAAGGAGGGAAAAGACAGUAAGAUGGAGGUGUACUGUUUUCUAUUUACCGACCUGUUGCUGAUCACUAAGCCUGUGAAGCGUGUGGAGAAAGUAAAGAUUAUCAGGCAGCCCCUUCUCAUACACAACGUUGUGUGCAGAGAGCUCAAAGAUCCUGGCUCAUUUGUGCUCAUUUACCUCAAUGACUUCAAGACCGCGGUGGCUGCCUACUCCUUCCAGGCCAACAGUGCCACACAGGGCCGAAGCUGGAUAGAUGCUAUCUGUAAUGUACAGAACCAGCUGCAGCGGCUACGUAGUGAGGAGGCUCGGCGGAGGAAGGCAUGUCUACAACAGAGGCUGGAGGAAGAUGAGGAGGCAGAGGAAGAUGUGAGCAGUAACUCUACAGCCAGCUCCCCUUCCUUGCAGCAACGACAGGCACACCAGUUCAGUGUGUCUGAUGGUUCUACAGAAACUCUGUCGGUAGUGGAAUUGGAACACAGCGCAGGAUCAAGGGCUUCUGGAGCCAACAUGGCCACACAACCCCAGGGUCAAGGAUUUUUAGCCAGUGUGAUGGAAGAUGAUAGCCAAACUGGUGUGGUGGAGAUCAACCCUCAAAGGCACUCCUUAUCCAUGGACAGUGCCUAUGGUACACUCUCUCCUCAGUCAAUGAUGGAGCUCCAGGGACCAACCGGUAAGAAUGAGGGAGAGGUGAUGGACAGAGGUAGGGAGGAGGACCACAUGCAGAGUGAGGUGGCUGAGCUUGAGGAAGAACAAAAGGAGAAGAGGAAAGAGGAUGAGCAGGAGGGAGGGGAAGGAGAGUCAUGUGACUUGUACGUACAUGUGGCUCAAACACAGAAGCCCAGGCGGAGACCGCCGGUACAAAUGCGCGUAAAGACACUACAGACACUUGCUAACAAGUCCCGCUCAGAGGAUAACCUCCUUCAGCGUCUCCACACUGUCCACCCAGCCAAAGCUGUCUCACGUGCCACCACCGAUGUUUCAGCUAAUCAGUGGCAGGAGUCAGGGAAAAGGAGAGAGGCCCUGACAUCAAGCCGAAUGACAUACAGUAAAAGCCUUUCAGAGCUGGGUCUAGGGUUAAAUGUGGAGACUCUCUCCAAACAGACAGGCGAGCAGACACCACCUGAGAUGCUUGAAUACUGUCUCACGCAAAGCCUUCCGUCCAGGGAACUUUCUUGUGCAUUGAGGAGAACUAAGGGCUUGCAGCACAGUGGCCAAGAGGAAGAAGACUGCCCGAGCACAGAGACGGAAGCAAGAGUGCCCUCUGGGGGUCAGGAGGAGCAAGCGAAAGACACUGCCUCAGUGGAGGACACCACAAACAAAAAGUCCCCCAGUCAGCAGCGCAAGAGGCUCACGGUAGCCCAGCUGUACCGCAUACGUACUACACUGGUGCUCAACUCCACACUCACUGCCUCGGAGGUGUAGCCACAGUGGCAAGCACCCAGAUGCCAUUCCUUGCACAUCAGAGUGUGGACUACUUUACAGAGUUUGUUUUACAUGACGCAAAUGCACUUAAAACAAUGAGUUCUGGGAUUGCCUUGCUGUAAACCCCUCAUUUAUCUGUAAAUGCUACCUUGUUUCCUGAGCACGUUUGACGGUAUUUCAUAGUAGCACAGACUCAUGGCUCAUAUUUUGCACUUUGUAACACGAGUAGCAUUGAAGAGAGGGGUUGAACAGUUAUGUGGUAAAGCAAUUCACAGGAUUACAAUAAAGAGGAACCUUUGAAGAAGAACUAAACCAGGGACUUCUGGUAGGACAUGAGUCCUGGCGUUGGUACACAAAAGAAUGAGAAGGCCACGAGGGAGAGAAUGGCCCUGCGGGACGCUGGUGGUAUCCAACGAUCAAGGCAUGAGGUUGAACUGCAGAGAGCUGUGGCUGAAGAAGUCCUUUGGAUUGUUGGGAAUGUGCCCUGAUUUAAAAAUUCUAAAAAAGAAAACAAUUUGCAGUGUUCUCGAUGUGGGCAGUUGCUGGCUUCACCAGUGGCAUGUUGUAAAUAUGCCACUGCCAUGGGAGAUUUCUGAUACAUCACUUGCAAGUGUAGGCCCAUAGUUGCAUUUAUUUACCAGAUGAUAAUAUUAUUUAUGCGACUUUUGAAAAAAAUACUUAAACCUAACUCACCUGUCCUUUUUAUGGUUGCAAAGCACAAACUGGGGUAGAUAGUUCCAUUUUAAACAACACUGUCCUGUUUUUUGGUCCUUCUGCAUUUUAUACUAAACACCAUCAACUAAGUCUUAGAUACAAUGUUUAAACCUGGUGAGUUUUUAUAUGAACCAGUUCAAGACCAUGGAGCAGUGGGUUCAUUGUACUACUACUGAGCACUACUACUGAGCACAACGGGAAAUUCAUAUGUACCAUGAUGUAAAUGUGAAAGGGGCUGGAUUUGAGGAGAAAUUCAUCCAAGCAGUGCACAUUCUCAAUACUCAAAAUCUCUCUAUCUCUCCCUGUCUCUUUCUCUCUCUCUCUCUCUCUCUUUCUGUGUGUGUGUGUGUGCAGACGCGCACAAUAAACAGUUGGAUGGAUUUAGGCUAAUUCCAGCCAAAAUAAUUACUCUGCUCUUGACUUGAGCCAAAAAUGAAUUUACCAGCUGUUGCAUUUUAAAGUUUAACCCAGCAGUUGAAAGCCAGUUUAAGAAAGGAGGACUGCAGAAUAGUUGAUAGAGUGGGAAACGUGUGCACCUUCAAUUGUGUGAAGAAUUUGGGAGGCUGAAACAUAACAUAACAGUUGCAUCAUGUUUUACUGGCAAAUUCUAAACAUUUUUGUUAUCAAAUGUUUAUUAAAAGGAAAAAGAAGCAAUGUA